UGCUUGAUCCGAAGAUGUGGUCGGAAGCUCCAUAUGGAGGGUGUGGUGCAAUUGCGGAGUCUCUGGAGGCAUGCGAGGCCAAAUCAAGCUCAUUCGCUCAGUCACAAGCUCAUCGCUGUGCGCCUCUCAAAUUUUGUAACAAUGCGGAGGGCUCCGUUUCGCUCUGCAUUGACAUGAUUUUUCAACAGGACAUUGACCCAAAACACACCACCAGGCUAUGUAAGGACUAUUUGACCAAGGAGAGUGAUGGAGCUAUGCCCCACCUGCCCUGAAUGACAGAUCGCCACUGGAUAUUAGUGUUAUAACAAUAUGCACUUCGUUUCUCACAAUGCUGUGUGAUGUUUCCCUCAUCUGCCUCGUCUGUGCUCUGUUCUGUUCGUGAAAAUGUUAUAAACGUGCUGAGAAAUAGCCUACAGUAGUGAAUUCAGUCCCCGCGUCAGGCAGCCUGCCUGAGCCCUACGCGUGGGAGGGGGUCUGUCAAAGCUUUCGCUCUCUAAUUACCAAUAGAAGCCAGGGACGGGGAGGCGACCAGCAGACAUAUUCUGGGAAAGCAAAAGCGAGCUGGAAAUGGAAAAUGUUCAAAUAGCUGAUCUAGAACCCCUCUGCUUUGAUCAAGAGUACAGUCGGUCAGAUCCCACAAAAAGCCUCCCAUGGGCUUCAAACUACCAACACAUCAAUAAAAAGUCACUUUCCAACGAGCAUCGUUGCCAGUCGGGGAAUUGGAAGACUGCCUGCACGGAUUCAGGGCCAUGGCCAACUGCCUCGGGAGACGGGCAGCCCGGCGCAAUCAGCCAGUGGGGAGCAGAAGCUGAGAGAACCGUAUGUUGCCUCGAGGAAUUGGAGACAUCUUUCACACGCAAAUACGAGGAUGUCAAUUUACAACAGGAGGAGACCAGUCCGCAGCAGUUAGCGAGGAUCAACAACGGAAGCCCGAGUCACAGCUCCUUCAGCGAACUCCACGACCGUGUCCCGGAACUGUCCAUGUUGUCAGACAAUGAGUUUACAUCCGAAGACUUGGGGAAAUCAACGGAUUACGGAUUCAUAAGUGCUGUCACUUGCCUGGUGACUGGCAUCUCGUUAGUAGCCAUCUCAUACACUGUUCCCCGGGAAGUUAAAGUGAACCCGGACAGUGUGUCGGCCCGGGAGAUGGAGAGACUGGAGAGGGAGAACGCCCUGGUAGGGGUUCACCUGGACCGGUGGGUUAUAGCAGGGCUGUGCCUGCUCACCCUCGGGGGUGUGGUCCUCUCCACCCUGCUCAUGGUGUCUAUGUGGAAAGGGGAGAUGUUGAGGAGAAGGGCCUUCACCUACUCCAUGCAGUCUGCACAAUUAUAUGGCUCUAUCAAUUUAAGAGGGGGCUCAAACCCACCUAAUGUCCCCUCCCAAUUGUCUGUGGAAGAUUUGGAAGAGGUCCUAAAUUGACAUUAUGUACAAUUGUAAAGACACUGACUAAUCUCUACCUACCAAUGGUGUCUUAAGAUAAUGCUGCUUUGAUUUGUGCGUUUCAUUCAUGUAGCCUACAGGGAAUAUUCCAUUAAACAUGUAGAAUGCUCCUUGCCUAAAAUGGAUGGGUAUUAUUUGAAAUAUUGACUGAAUUUAUCCUCAGACAUAAGUUUGUGUUGUGCAGACCAUAACAUCUUAUUAGCAUGACAUUCAUCAUUUUGUCAAAGCAAUGGUUUAUUCUGUGUAUAUAGUGUCUAAAAGUUUAAAUGGGAUAUCAUGUUGUAUCAGAUUUAAAAGACAAUUGCAUGAUCAACACUAGAAAUACAAACACACAUUGUGUCCAUAUUUGUUUUUUGCAAUGCAUACAAAAUUAAAAUACUUAGCUAAGA